GACGCCCUUGCCGCCAUGUUGCUUGUGGGCAGUGCCUGAGGCUGACGGCUGGAGAACCCCGCUCCGGAGUCCCGAAGAUUACUCCAGGGCAAGAAAGAAAGAAUGCCGCUCUUCUUCCGGAAGCGGAAACCCAGUGAAGAGGCUCGGAAACGCCUAGAGUAUCAGAUGUGUCUGGCAAAAGAAGCUGGGGCCGAUGACAUUCUUGACAUCUCUAAGUGUGAGCUCUCAGAGAUUCCAUAUGGGGCUUUUGCAACGUGCAAAGUUCUGCAGAAGAAGGUGUUGAUUGUCCACACGAAUCACCUCACUUCCCUGCUCCCUAAAUCCUGCAGCCUCCUGAGUCUCAUAACCAUCAAGGUUCUGGAUCUUCACGAUAAUCAGCUGUCAGCGCUUCCUGACGACAUCGGGCAGCUGACCGCCCUCCAGGUCUUGAACGUGGAAAGGAAUCAAUUGACGUAUCUCCCACGUUCCAUUGGGAACCUGAUCCAGCUCCAGACCCUCAAUGUGAAAGAUAACAAGCUGAAGGAGCUUCCAGACACCGUGGGGGAACUUCGAAGCUUACGUACUCUUGACAUCAGUGAGAACGACAUUCAGAAGUUGCCGCAGCUGCUGGCACACGUUCGAACCCUGGAAACUCUGAGCCUCGACGCCUCGUGCAUGGUCUUCCCGCCCCAGGAGGUGUGCAGUGCUGGUACCCAGGCCAUUCAGCACUUCCUCUGCAAAGAGUCAGGGCUGGAAUACUACCCCCCUUCUCAGUACCUGCUGCCAGUCCUGGAGCAGGAUGGAGGCGACACCCCCCGGGACAGCCCAGACGGGCCCUCGGACAGACUCUGCAGGGAGGAGGUGGAGUGGCAGAAUAGGUUCUCAGACUAUGAGAAGAGGAAGGAACAGAAGAUGCUGGAGAAAUUGGAAUUUGAACGGCGUCUGGAACUCGGGCAGCGAGAGCAUGCCCAGCUCCUCCAGCAGAGCAACAAUCAGAAGGACGAGAUCCUUCAGACGGUCAAGGAGGAGCAGUCCCGGCUGGAGCAGGGCCUGAGCGCGCGGCAGCGCUACCUGGACGCCGAGCGCCAGCGGCUGCGGGAGCAGCUGAAGCAGACGGAGCAGAGCAUCUCCAGCCGGAUCCAGAAACUCCUGCAGGAGAACCAGAGGCAGAAGAAAAGUUCUGAGAUCUUGAAGUCGCUGGAAAAUGAAAGAAUAAGGAUGGAACAGUUGAUGUCCAUAACCCAGGAGGAGACUGAGAACCUGCGGAGACGUGAGAUUGCCUCCGCCAUGCAGCAGAUGCUGACCGAGAGCUGUAAGAGCCGGCUCGUCCAGAUGGCCUACGAGUCUCAGAGGCAGAGCUUGGUCCAGCAGGCCUGUUCCAGCAUGGCCGAAAUGGAUGACCGGUUCCAGCGGAUUCUGUCAUGGCAGCAGAUGGAUCAGAGCAAAGCCAUCAGCCAGAUCCUGCAGGAGAGCGCCAUGCAGAAGGCCGCGUUUGAGGCCCUCCAGGUGAAGAAAGACCUGAUGCACCGGCAGAUCAGGAACCAGAUUAAGUUAAUAGAAACUGAGUUAUUGCAGCUGACACAGCUGGAGGUAAAGAGGAAGUCCCUGGACACAGAGGCACUUCAGGAGGUGAUUGUCGAGCAGCGCUGGGCCCUGAGCUCCCUGCUCCAGCAGCUGCUCAAGGAAAAGACGCGGCGAGAGGAGGAGCUCCGGGAAAUUCUGACAGAGUUAGAAGCCAAAAGCGAAACCAAGCAGGAAAACUACUGGCUGAUUCAGUAUCAACGGCUUCUGAACCAGAAACCCUUGUCCUUGAAGCUGCAGGAGGAGGGCCUGGAGCGCCAGCUGGCCGCCCUCCUGGUGGAUCUCUCGGCGGAACACUACCUGCCCCUGUUCGCCCACCACCGCAUCUCGCUGGACACGCUGAGCCGCAUGAGCCCUGCCGACCUGGCCAAGGUGGGCGUCUCGGAAGCUGGCCUGCAGCACGAGAUCCUGCGGAGGGUGCGGGAGCUGCUGGCCGCAGCCAGGAUCCAGCCAGAGCUGCCGAACCCACCCAAGCUUGAGGCCCUUGGGGCCCUGGAGGUGCCCACUGCCCCCGAGGAGCUUCCUGAGCCCGCGACCCCGUCUGCUCCCCCCGAGGAGCUGGAGAUGCCGACCUCAGAAUGCGUCGUGUGCCUGGAGCGGGAGGCCCAGAUGAUCUUCCUCAACUGUGGCCACGUCUGCUGCUGCCACCAGUGUUGCCAGCCCCUGCGCACGUGCCCGCUGUGCCGCCAGGAGAUCGCUCAGUGUCUGCGGCUCUAUCGCGGCUGA